AUGUUCAUCAGUUGGGUUCACGAAUAUAUUCCUACUGUAUUUUUUGGUAUCUCAGCGUUUUUGAACAUCUUUUUCAUAUUUUUGACAUUUUCGGACAAAUCGAGUAGUUUGGGAACUUAUCGAUAUCUUCUUGCGUGUUUCGCUUUAUACAACAUUUUGUUUUCAUUUGUUGAUUGUGCAAUUCCAAUUGCUGUUUUUAAUUAUGGAGAAUCAUCCAUAGCUUUUCUAACCGAUGGAUUUUUUGAGAACAAUCUAACAGUUGGCUCUCUUAUGGUCUCAAUUCGAUGUGCUUUUUUUGGCUUGGGUUAUGGUAUUCUUGUCAUUCAUUUUAUAUACAGAUAUUAUGUGCUAUUCAGGUAAUUUUUGUUGAUAAAUAAUGAGUCUAACAAAAUAUUAAUAGAACAACUUUAGACCUCGGCUCCCAUUUUUUCUCUCAAAUAAAAUGAAAAUUACCAUAUCUUUUGUAUUUUUUAUAUCUCAUGGAGUUUUUUGGGUGUUGAUUUGUCAAACUCUUCUUCGACCUGAUGAGGAAAUGUAUAUUUACAACAAUGGACCGUUUUAUGAGACUUUCAAAGAAAACUUGACGAAUGUUCCAUUUAUUGGAACCAUUUUCUAUGCAGAAAAUGUUUCGAAAAGUUUAUACACUCGAAGUUAUUCGGGACUCAUUUGCCUAACUUUAAUCUCAACUUAUGCUGUUCUAUCAUAUGUUUUUCUUGGUUAUAAGGUUUGUUGAUGCUAGAAAUUAACUAAAAGUGAUUGUUUUUUCCUCAUCUCAGAUAAUGUCAAAAUUGCGUGAACAUAGCAUAAUUUCCUCAACAACUAAAAAAAGACACUCACAAUUAUUUCGAUCAUUGGUCGUUCAAACAAUUAUUCCAUGUUUCACGAGUUUCUUCCCAACAAUUAUUGGAUGGUAUAGUCCGAUUUUGAAAAUUGAUUUGGUUAAAGCAUCGGAUAUUGCAAUCACUAUGAAUGCAGCCUGCGGAAUCAUUGAUCCUAUUUCGAUUCUUCUUCUUUUGCCAAAUUAUCGACGAAGACUUUUCAGACACAAAAAUAUGCCGAAGGUUGCUUCCAUCACAGAAAAUCCAACAUUUGUAGUUUGA